UUUCCUUCACGGGAUUAUGAGAAUCACCUUCAAAGCUUCCAACAACUCGAUUGUUUAAUCUCUCUCUAUAAAUCCAGUUUGCUAAAUAGUAAUACAGGCCAUAUGCUAGACGCUGUUCUCUUCAGUGCUUUGUCUCUAUAAACAUGAAUAACCAAGUAGAAGUAGGAAGCAAUGUGAAGGUGGUGAUGGAGGACUCUAGGAGAAUAAAGUCGUAUCAGAUAAUCCUACGGAUUUUAGGGUUUCUCCUUACAUUAACAGCUUCCAUAGUGGAGGGUAUUGAUAAGGAGACAGCUAUUGUUCCUGUAACCAUUGUCGAAACUCUACCACCUUUACAAGUUCCUCUUACUGCUAAGUGGCAAUAUGUAUCUGCUUUCGUGUACCUCCUGGUGUCAAACACCAUAGCUUGUUCAUAUGCAGCAGGAUCUUUAAUAUAUACAAUGGUUGCUGCCCGGAGCAAAAAAAUGGAUAACGGAACAGGAACCUUAGUGAUAAUAAUCCUAGACAUGGCCAUAACGGGGUUGCUACUCUCUGCCAAUGGAGCUGCAAUUGGUAUAGCAGUGAUUGGUCGUUUUGGAAACUCGCAUUUGAACUGGAAGAAGGUAUGCCAUGUGUACAGUGAUUUCUGCCACCAAUUAACUGCAGCAGCUGCACUAUCUCUUCUUGCUGCGUUUGUGUUUUUUGGGCUAGUAGCGGUUGCUGUUUCCAACCUCCACAAAAGAUUAAUGGCCUCCACAUGAUAGAGACUAGACAGUUUAUGUUAGGUGUAUUAAUUUAAUAGUAUAUUUAUAUUUAUUAUUAUAGGAUACUGAUAUGAUGUUCGUCGUUCUUGCCAAGUAAAUCCUUUCUGUUUAUCUUGUAAUAAAUAAAAAUAAGCUGCUCUAGCUAGUUCUACUGUGAUUCUUGAUCAA